CGGCGGCCGACAUAAGGAGGAAAUGAUUAUACAACAAAUGUCCGAAAAGGUUGAGUUCAAGGACGACGAGUUGCCACAAGACAACUACGAAGGAGUUGAUCCCAACGAAUGGGUUUUGAGGGGAAGGGGACGGGAGGGUCAACACUGGCCACCGCCCACUCUAUCCCUGGGAAUGAGCCGUAACUCUGAUCCGUGUUUCAAGAAGACAUCGCCCGCUGUCUGCGAGGGGUUUAUACCGACGCCAUCGUCGGUGAUGAUAGCACUGGUGGCCGGCGUUUGUUUGAACUGUCAAUGGAUAUGA